AAAUACGUAUUCACUAAAGUGUGUGUCCCUUUCGUAGCAAAAUGAAGCAUCUUUUCACCCUUUUCGUCUCAGUGUAUGUGUGUUUCUUUCAAGUAAAUACUAUUGAAGGGCGCGGUUUGACUUCACUUGGAGGUCUAUUUUCUGGAUUGUCGGGUGGAGGUGAUUCUUCACCACUUGGCAAAACAGGAAAGGCUACACAACCAACCAACACAGAAUGCCAAGAUGGAAGUCGUGGUAGUAACUCUGGAAGUGGAACAGGUGGAGCUUCCACAGCAACCACUGGAAAUGGGUGCCAAGGCGAUAACUGCGGAACUGGAACAGGGUGCCAAGGCGAUAACUGCGGAACUGGAACAGGGUGCCAAGGCGAUAACUGCGGAACUGGAACAGGGUGCCAAGGCGAUAACUGCGGAACUGGAACAGGGUGCCAAGGCGAUAACUGCGGAACUGGAACAGCAGAUUUUACAGGAGCUACUGCAACAGCUGAAAGUAUGAAGAAGACUGUAGUAAUGGAAAAGAAAACAGAGCAUGAAAUGUUCGCCGUAGUCCAAGAUGUAAAGUUCAGAGAAGUAGCGGAUUCUGGAAACAUGGGCGAAGGGUGCCAAGACGAUGACUGUGGAAUUGGAACAGGGUGCCAAGACGAUGACUGUUGAAUUGGAACAGUCCAAUAAAUGCCAUUCAACAUUAUAUGAAUUAUGUAUUAGAAACUGCUUACUAGAGCUGUUAAUAGUAGUAUGCAAUAAUGUUUUU